AUGAAAGUUUUCUAUUUUGCAUAUCUUCUUUUACUCAACCUUCCGUUUAUUUCAACUACCGAUGAUUUUGAUUCCAAUGACUUUUCAUGGUUCACGGACAACGAUAAUAUUGUUUCCUCAGAGCAGAUGCAUUUACCGAACGAUUCAAGCUCUCCAAAAGUUCAGCAUAGAGCUCAGGAAAGCGUAAAUGUUAAAGUUAAGCGUAUUACCAAGAGACGGCGUAGCCCCGCAUACUACUCUGCUAGACUGAAAGAUAUGGAAGGGGAGCUUAAGCAAGCGAAUGAAAAGUUGGAACAAGCGAGGAUCACCGGGGAAGGUUCAUUAAAAAAGCCGAAAAAAUUUGCCGAAGCAAAUAAAGCAGUAAGAGAAAGACUCCAAAGAAAUGAAAGAGUGAUGAAAGGUGGUAAAGAAUAUGACGAGUAUUUAAAGUUACGAAGGGAUCGACAAAGAGCUAGAAGGUUAGCGUAUACACCAGAGCAGAAAAAGCUUGUACAAUUCAAACAGAGGGAGAAAGAACAAAAGAAAAGGGACUGGCUCAAACUUCCAGGCAACGAAGCUGAACUUGAAGCCUGGAAAUUAAAACAUCGUGCAAGUCUCAAUCGACAUUUUGCAAAAGAAAGAAAGAAAAAUUAA